UGGCGGCACUCCGCGUCAACUGUGCUUUUUGGAUUUUUGGCGUCUCUGUUUUUUUCUCCCCCCCUCCUUCUCUCUCUGUAUUAAAAAGUUUUGUUAGGGAAGAAAAGCGGUUUUAGCUCCUGGUUUUUUUUCCCUUCUCUUUCUCUAUCUACCUACUAAAUACUGAUUCUCCACUCAGCUCUCAUUUUUAUUUCCCCCAACCAGGAAAAGACGAAACCCUAAUUUCUCUGCUUUUUUUUUUCAUUUUAAAAUUGUUUUCUUAGUAGCAGAAGGAGAAGAAGAAGAAGAAGAAGUUGUAGCAGCUUCACGGUUUCUGAUCAGAGAUUUUGUGUUUUUCCGUCUCAGAUCGGUUCUAGCGCAGUUCCGCAAAAAUUGGCUGUGCGGUUUACUUUUGAAGUCUUCGUCAUUGAGUUUCUGUUCAGCUUUUGAUUGAUUAUGUCUGCUGACAUCAUGAUGAGCAUUCCUAAUGGCAACGGCAAUGGCAACGCACAACCUGAUCCUCAGCGAACUUACCAAGUUGUUGUGGCUGCGACUAAAGAUAUGGGCAUUGGUAAGGAUGGGAAGUUACCUUGGAAAUUGCCCUCUGAUCUCAAAUUCUUCAAAGAUGUCACUCUUACUACAUCAGACUCUGGGAAAAAGAAUGCAGUCAUAAUGGGUAGAAAAACAUGGGAAAGUAUUCCCCUUCAGAACCGGCCUCUUCCCGGUCGUCUUAAUGUUGUUCUGACUCGUUCUGGAAGUUUUGAUAUUGCAACUGCUGAGAAUGUUGUUAUAUGUGGAAGCAUGACGUCUGCUUUAGAAUUACUAGCUGCAUCUCCUUAUUGUCUUUCAAUUGAGAAAGUCUUUGUCAUAGGUGGCGGCCAGAUAUUUAGGGAAUCCCUUAAUGCGCCUGGAUGUGAUGCUAUCCACAUUACAGAAAUUGAGACAAGCAUUGAAUGUGACACUUUUAUGCCUUCGAUUGAUUCCUCUGUGUUUCAGCCAUGGUAUUCAUCAUUUCCUGUGGUGGAAAACGACAUUCGAUAUUGCUUCACAACCUUUGUUCGUGUGAGAAACUCUGCAGUUGAACAUAUCAGCCAGAACAGUGAUCAGGUCUUUGAUGAUAAACCAGAUGCUGGUAAAUUUGAGGUAAAGAAGUUCUCUUUCCUGCCCAAGAUGAUUUUUGAGAAACAUGAGGAGUACUUGUAUCUAAAAAUGGUUCAAGACAUCAUCUCUGAUGGUAAUCUGAAGGAUGACAGGACUGGGACUGGGACUUUAUCAAAGUUUGGUUGCCAGAUGCGGUUCAAUUUGCGAAAAACUUUUCCUCUUCUGACAACUAAGAAAGUAUUUUGGCGAGGUGUUGUUGAAGAGCUUCUCUGGUUCAUCAGUGGUUCAACUAAUGCCAAGGUCCUGCAAGACAAGGGCAUUCAUAUAUGGGAUGGUAAUGCAUCCAGGGACUUUCUUGAUAGUAUUGGGUUGACUGAUAGGGAGGAGGGUGACUUGGGACCUGUGUAUGGGUUCCAGUGGAGACAUUUUGGUGCUAGGUAUACUGACAUGCAUGCUGACUACACUGGACAAGGAUUUGAUCAGUUGUCUGAUGUUAUUGACAAGAUUAAGAAUAAUCCAAAUGAUAGAAGGAUUAUACUCUCAGCCUGGAAUCCUUCUGAUCUCAAACUGAUGGCACUUCCACCUUGCCACAUGUUUGCUCAGUUCUAUGUAGCCAACGGGGAGUUAUCAUGUCAAAUGUAUCAGCGCUCUGCUGACAUGGGAUUGGGCGUGCCAUUUAACAUUGCAUCUUAUGCUCUCUUGACAUGCAUGAUUGCUCAUGUUUGUGAUCUUGUUCCAGGUGAUUUUAUCCAUGUACUUGGUGAUGCUCAUGUUUAUACCAAUCAUGUCAGGCCCCUGCAGGAGCAGCUUCAGAAACUGCCCAAGCCUUUUUCAAUUUUGAAGAUCAAUCCAGAGAAGAAGAAUAUAGAUUCCUUUGUGGCAUCUGAUUUUAAACUCAUAGGCUAUGAUCCUCAUGAGAAAAUAGAGAUGAAAAUGGCUGUAUAGAGCUCUGUUUAGGUUAAGUAAACUAAGAGUCUCCAGUGCAAUUCUAGGCAGCAUCUUCUCAGUUUUGAGGGCCAGUUACUGGAGGCUUAUGUUGAUGUAGAGACUUAUACCGAUAGCAAAAUAAAAGUUUGCUAGUUGGAUACAAUUCAAGGACGAUAUGUAGUAAGUGAGAAUCCUUUAGUUCCACAUUAUUGUUGGUGGUUCUAAGGCGAUUUAGGAUACUGUAUUUUCUUGUUUUUCAAGUUUAUUUUUAUUUUUGUCUCAAGUUUUAUGAAGCAAUCACUUUCUGAAUUGCCAAACAUGUUCUUGAACCAGACUGGAUUUUGGAAGACUGGGUCUUUCACUGAAAGUGCUUUAUUUUGGUACAUCAUUUUGAUUCUAGUGGGUGAACUUGUAAUCAGUUUUAUUGUAUUUUUGGUACAAAAUCACUUAUUUGGAGGAUUGCCAAGAUAGGACCGGUGAAAUCACGGAUGGAAAAAUUC